AAUAAAAGCUGUGAAAGAACAUAAGUUUUGUCAUACGACAUACAUAAGCUGAUCAUCGGUGGUUCUCCCGCGGUCCUUGUCGAGGGAAAGAUUUCGCUUUCGAAGCCAAAGCCACGAGUCAACUCUUCGCUUGUAUCCUGCUGCAGAAUGCUUCCACUUUUGUUUGUCUUGGUCUGCUACUCAACAUACUUAGUUCAAAGCUCUGUGGGAAAUGUAGCGAGCGAAUAUGCACCGGCACCGGCUCGUGGACACAGGUUUCCUUCUAGUGGCCAAUAUUUCACUGUUACCAGCUACCAAAACUGCCGGUGCCUGCCAUAUGAAACAUGUUUGCCUGUUAAUGGAGGCAAGGGGUACAUGUGCACUGCCAUUAACAGCAGAUUAACCAGGAUUAGUCCACCCCGCCAUCAUAGUUACCACCCUGUCAACGGCCAUAGGUUUUCUGGAAACCACUAUGGCCUCAGGCAUCCUCAUUAUGGAUGAGGUGAUGAUCAGCAGCUUUGGCAGAUUAUGCCUUUGAUGCCAGGAACACAAGUCAUACACUGUACCCACAGUGUCAUCAGUUCCAUGCACGGCCACAUUCUGUGUUUGCUGUUGUAGUACCAAAGUCAUUAAAAUUGUACUAGCAAAUACUAAUGAGUUUAAAGAGAACUAUAUAGGGAGUAAAAUUUUAGGAGGAAAACAAAAUCACAUAUUUCAGUUCACUGGCUUCUAUCAGAAAGACAGUUUCGCUAUCAGUUGUGGGCCUUUUGCUGAGAGAAAAUGUAUUAUCAAUAAAGCUUGUUGCCAAAGUAA